CGGCAAAGGAGGGACCGAGGGAGGCUGGGCGGGCUUGCUGAGGGGGGCAACAUAGUCCCGAGGCUUUGGCCUGCGCCUCCCUCGCCUGUCAAGCAUUUGAUUUCAUUGUUCCGGGCUGAUGUCACUCCCAGUUGUCACAAACGCCUCUCCGGGUGACAAUGUGGGACUAGGAGGCACAAAAGAGCCCGCUGGACGUCGCCCGCAGAUUUGGCGGUUUCAACACCUCCUAAACGCCACAGGGUGUUGGUUUCCUUAGAAGCAGGUCCAUGCAUUCCUUCACCAUGGCAUCACCAGACAGGAUGAGUGGCUCAGAUAAUGGACUAGAUGAAACAGAACUCAGUAUCACUCUCACUCUCCGAAUGCUUAUGCAUGGAAAGGAAGUAGGCAGUAUCAUAGGCAAGAAAGGAGAGACAGUGAAGAAGAUACGAGAACAAAGUACUGCCCGGAUCACCAUUUCAGAAGGAUCCUGUCCAGAACGGAUCACCACUAUUACAGGAUCCACUGAUGCUGUUUUUAGAGCUGUUUCUAUGAUCGCCUUCAAGCUAGAAGAGGACUUGGGGACAGGCCCUGCCAAUGGGAGCACUAUAUCCAAACCACCUGUGACGCUUAGGCUAGUCAUCCCAGCCAGCCAGUGUGGCUCGCUUAUUGGCAAAGCAGGAGCAAAAAUUAAGGAAAUUCGAGAGUCACCACCCAAAGGAGCCACUAUUCCCUAUCAUCCCGGCCUUUCCUUGGCACCAGUUCUCCUCUCAGCCAAUCAGGGGUUCUCCAUGCAAGGACAGUACACUGGUUUGUCUCAAGCUGAAGUGACGAAGUUACAGCAGCUUUCUGGGCACCCUGUCUCAUUUUCUUCUUUGGGGCAAACACCGUCUAUAGUGGCAGGAUUGGACACAAAUUCUCAGAGCAGCUCUCAGGAGUUCCUGAUUCCCAAUGAUCUCAUAGGCUGCAUAAUUGGCCGCCAGGGCAGCAAGAUCAGUGAGAUCCGGCAGAUGUCUGGAGCACACAUCAAGAUCGGGAAUCAGACUGACGGCUCUGCUGAACGUCAUGUGACCAUCACAGGCACCCCAGUCAGCAUUACUUUGGCUCAGUACCUCAUCACAGCCUGUUUAGAGACGGCCAAAUCUACCUCCCAGACGCCUCCCGUUGACCUCGGCAUGACCUUCUCCCAGCCCCUCACUCCUUCACCAGCCCCAACGCUGACAGCAGUGGCUGCUCCUCCCCCAGCCUUGCUUGGUGCCCCCUAUGCUAUCUCCCUCUCCAACUUCAUCGGCCUGAAACCCAUUCCCUUCUUGACUCUGCCCCCUUCCUCAGCCACGGGGCACAAUGGCAGCCUUGCCCCCUACACGCCCAAGAUCUCCACAGCCAAUGCCACAAAGAAGGCUGAGAGACAAAAAUUCUCCCCAUACUGAAACAGGAGCAUGGGCUUUGUUGGGGGCAGAGAAGGGAAACCUCUAGGGAUCCUCAUGUUCUUUGCAAUAAUGCCAUCAGCACUGGUUCAGUCCGAAGUGAGACUACAAGGGGAAAGACUAAGCGAUAUGUGAGGAGAAAAGCCAUGUGUAGGAAAUCGGGAGGAUGGGAGAAAAAACAACCUGGACAACUGUUAAGAGCAGUGAUAGUCAGGGGUCGGACUGGGAACUGGUUCUUCUCCAUAGAUUACACCUGACACUGGCUAAGGAGAUGUUUAUGGUAGGUAGCACCACCUCAGUCUCAUGCUUUUACCUCUGUUGAGCAACUGCUGCCCCACACUAGAAAGUAUUGUCUUCCUUUGCCCUCCAUAAAUGUCCUCUGAGAAGAACUUUACACCAUCUUCUUUCCCGUGACUUAAAGAAAAGUUAUCCCCCCCCCCGCCUCCAGUUCUUUGUACUAUACUGAAGGAACUGGUGAUCUUGUGAAUUGUCCCAUCUUGAUUGUGGUAGUAGAUGGAGCUUGCUAGACCUUUAGUGACAACACUAGAGGAUAUACUGUGCUGCUGUUUCUCAUGCAUUGCAUUUUUAAGGUCAGAACUGGGAAAGGGGUUUGAUUGUAUAGAACUGGAAGCCAUGUAGGACCUAGAAAUGAUGAGACAUUCUAAUAUGAAGAGAAGUACCAUGAUGGAAGAAAGACAGGCGAUAAAUCAGUAACUAAUAUGAAGCCAGCCAGGUCUUAUAGAUGGAUAAGGAGAUGGAUGGGAAGUUUUUAAAACUGUGCAUCAGCCCUCAACAUCAUGCAGAAUUUGGAGUUAUUAUGCUUCCUCCUGAGAGACUGCUAGCAUUGGAUUCACUUUCAUCUUCUGUUCCCUUCUAGCAGACAGGGACUAGCACUGCAAACACACAGAUCUGUCUGGGUCAUUCUUGUGACUUUCCGAGUUUAAAAAAUUGAACACUGACUACUUAUAAAUAUUCCUGGCCUAUACCUGGGCUAAAAUCUCCAGCACUGGCUACCUGUCAGCUGGUCAUCUUAUAGGAGAGUGACAUGUUCUGCCAAGUUUUGGCAACCCACCGUGUUUUGCUGUCUGUCAUAUCUCAGGAACUCUGUUCUUCUCAUAUAUUUUGGCAGGACCUGUAAUAUCCGUCAUGCCAAUAAAGCAUGUUUGAAUUUAUUGCUUUGCUCUUAUGGUCUGAUGUCUACAAUGAUUUUUGUUCCUGUUCCUUUAGUGACUCCACUCAGUAAAUUCUGCCACAUUUUGUUCUCUGGAAAAGUUCCCUAUUACCAUAAAGGCACUCCUAGAUGGAACAAGCCCACAUGAGCAGAAAGAGGAUACCCUGAAACUUCAGGCUGAGACAGAUGCCCAUCCUAAUGACUUCUAAUUGAAGUCACUGUAUGUCUGACACUUCCACUGGUGGCAUUUUGUCAUCAUGAUAUUGGUGAUCCAGCCAUGCAUAAGGGGAGACCACAUGAUACAUGAUCUUCUUGAUACAUGUCGUCAUCAUUUUGUGUGAUUUUUUUUGCAGAAUUGAUAUGUACAACUGGAAAUCCAGAUUUUUGAGGGCAUAUGGAUUGACUCAGUAAAGGAAGCCAUGGCCCUCAGUUUGCUA